AUGAAUAACAGAGUUAACGAUAUCUAUUAUGGUGAUAUUAAUGAGUUGGAAGAAGAAGAGUUGUUGAUGACUCCAAUAAACCAGUUGUCUGAUGUUGAGGGUGAUAUGGAUUCAGGUGAACCCCCUUGUAAAAAACGUAUGGAGGACAGUGAAACGUCAAGAUUUAAACAACUGGGCGUAAAGUAUAAAGUUAAGGAAGAUUGUGAUGAAAAUGUAGACGAGGAGUUGGCCUCGAUGAUAAAUGAACUGUUCAGAGAGGGGCUAAAUGAUGAUUACUUUAAUGAACUGUUGAAAAGUAUUAAAAGGCCAGAAAAUUGUACAGCUUUGAUUAAAACAAGAGUUAACCAAGCUUUGUGGAGUAUUUUAAAUCCAGAGACACGAAGUUGUGAAGCCAAAUUUCAGAUAAUUCAAUCGGCAGUGAUUAAAGCCUCGGUAAGCUUAACAAAAUUAGCAAAUAAACUGAAUGAAAUGGAUUCCGAGGUCAUUGAAGGAUUACAGAGCUUGAUAACUUUGUCUACAGAUGCUUUAGCCCUUCUGGGACACACGAACAAGCUGAUUAAUGUUAAGCGCAAGGAUUUUCAUAGACCUGAUUUAGGUAGGGAGUACUACCAUCUUAGUUCACCAUCUCUACCCUUCUCAAAAUUUCUAUAUGGAGAUGAUGUUGCCAAAUCUGUGAAAGAAAUUCAAGAUGUGAAUAGAAUAAGUAGUAAAGUACAUGGAAAAUUUCACAGAGGAAAUUUCCGAGCAGGGGCAUUCUUUAGGGCGCGGGGACGUCCCUAUGGUCGAGGAGCAUUAGGAAGACCACGGAACCGAAGAUCUACUAGUACUUGGGGUUGA